UGUAAGACACUAGCAAAAAACCGACACUCGGCAGCGCCGCACCUGGUGCACAGCCGAGGCCACAGACGUCGCGCGGACGACGACCAGCAGCAGCCACGCCGUCGGCGCGCCCCCACAGCGCGGCCGGCAGCCAGUGAGGACCAGUUCCACAGCCCCAGUGAGGCGGGCAGCCUCCAGCAUCGUCAAAGAUGCAAAAUGACACGGCCUUCCAGAUGGUCCACCGCGACGGCAAGAUCUACCGCAAGGGCACGAAGAUGUACCCGAACUUGGACCGGUACCAUGGCGAGUUCAUCCAGGGGAGACGGGAAGGUUUAGGGUUACUUACCUAUGCGAAUGGUAAUACCUACGACGGCGAGUGGAUCAACAACCUGUUCCACGGUCAUGGGGUGUUUUCUUCCGUUGAUUUUAUGAAUGUUGCACCGGGCAUACCGCACACGGGUCAACGGUACGAGGGCGCCUACGAAUAUGGUCGUAAACAUGGCAAAGGCAUCCAGCAUCUACAAGAUGGGUCGGUGUACGACGGCGAAUUCAAGAACAACUUGUUUCAUGGCGAAGGCGUGCUAAAGACGAAGAAAGGAGACAAGUUGAUGGGUGUGUUUGAGAGGGGCAAGAUCUCUGGGAGUGGUAAAAUCCAAUUCGCCAAUGGCGAUAGUUAUGAUGGCCAAUUGCAGGGUGGCCGCUUCCACGGCAAGGGCAAAUUCAUUUAUAAUGGGGGAGGUACGUAUGACGGUCACUACAAGCACGGCGAGUUUCACGGAGAAGGGACGCGAGUGUUCAGUAAUGGCUCCGUAUACAGUGGUAAUUUUGUAAGUGGCAUGCAGGAAGGCGAAGGCAUGCUCCACAAGGCGAACAAUGACCAGUACGUGGGCAUGUGGUACCGGGACCUACCGGAGGGGAGGGGCGUGUUGAUGUAUGGCCAUGGCGACCGCUUCGAAGGUUUAUUUAGUGGUGGUAUGUUUUGUGGGAGAGGUCGAUAUACGUGGAGUGAUGGUGGUUUUUAUGAAGGUCAGUAUCAGGAUAAGGGUCGGCAGAAGGCUUCCAAAAGUAGUGGUUUGAGGAACGGCUUUGGCGUACGAUGGUGGGUCAGUGGGAAUAUGUAUGAAGGCGAGUGGUGUAAUGAUAAAAUGGAAGGUACGGGGAAGUUUGUUACUGCCGAUAACGGUCCCACGUAUACGGGUCAAUUCAAGGACAAUAGGAAGCAUGGACAAGGUAGGGAGCAGUGGGGGAAUCAACUCGGUGUUGAUUAUUGUUGCGGCAUGGGCUUCAAGCAUAAGGGUCGCGGGUUCUGUCGCUAUGAAGGUAGUUAUAAGAACGAUCAGUUUGAUGGCCGAGGGUACUUUGUUUGUAUUGACGGUCGAUCUUACGAGGGCGAGUGGAGUCAAGGGAAAAGAUGUGGGUUUGGAAGACAGGUGUUGUGUCCGGCUGUGGAGCGGGGGGAUGCUACACGAUGUAACAUAGGGGGCAACAACGGCUUGUAUCGACCUCUCAAAUAUGUCGGUGGUUGGCAGGACGAUAAACGGCAAGGACAUGGGUUGUUGGAGCGGAUGGACGGCUCGACGCUCGAAGGGCUGUUCGUCGAGGGGUUCAUAGAUGGUUCUGUUACGAUAACAUAUGCAGAUGGAAGGAAGGACACGGCGCUGUAUGAACGAGGUUCUAGAAUAGGAUGGACCGAUCAGAAGCAACACACGUCCACCAGAAACUGGGCCGACACGGGUAUUGAUCGGGAUCUGUAUCGAGAAGUAGGGCGGUCGGCGUCGCCCUGGACGCUUACUGGUAGAAUGCGCGAGGCGGAUCUGUCGUGGUUACCUUUGGCCGUGAAGCAGCGCCGGUUGCAGUUCGAGCGGAGAAGGCUGAAGGGUCGUUUGAAGUUGCUGGGGCGGUCGUUGGGCCAGGUGAAGACGGCGGAGUUGGACAUGGACGCGGUCGAGCGGAACCGCGACGUCGUCCAUCAGCGGGAGCAGGCGCGGCGGGCGAGUCUUGAAGAGAGGGACGCGGACUACGACAAGCGGGCCUGGGCGUCGAUGUACAACCCGGGGGAGUAAUGUGUGCUUUUUGUUUUU